AUGCGGCUGCGAGAACAUGCUCCUCCGCCAUAUGAAGAGGUGUCCAGCCAUGGCCCGAGAGUCCAAUUGCCCAUUGGCGAGCUGUUGUCUCUCGCCCUGGAUGGCCGCUCCGUCUACUCGGCCACCAACCCGGCGCUCGUCUACUACGAGCUGAGCGCCGCGCCGCUGCAGGCCACGUCGCUCACAUACAUUGUCAAAAAGGUCAAAUACCGGCUGGCGGGCGACGGCAGAGGCGGCGACAAUGGCAAUGGCCGGCUGCGCACCCGUCACGACGACAUCUACCUGUUCCGAGAUGCCUACGUCAACUUCUAUGCCCCCCGGCGCAUCGUCAUAGACGGCAAGGCCAGCGACGGCCGCAGCUACAAGAGCGUCAAGCUCUCGCCAGGCCUCAUGGGCUGGUCGACAUGCUCAGCGGCGGGCCAUUUCAGGGCCAAGGUGGGAUUUGGCGAUCGCUGGCGGAACCACCACCAGGUCAUCUGGAAAGAUGACAGCGGCCGCAUCGUGGCCAUGGAGGACGCAGCCACUGCGACUUUCACUGCUGCUACUACUUACAACAACAAUGGCAGUAGUCCAGAUGGUAGUGGUAGCGGUAGCGGUAGCAGUAGCAAUAACAACACCAACACCAACAAUAUUCCGGCUCGCAUUACGCCUGGAGCUGCCCCAGAACACGCAUCGACUGUACCAUGCUUGAAGCUCUUGCGCCUGCUCGACGAAAAGGACCUGGACUUGCUGGUAACGUGCUGGACAGCUCGGCUUUGGAAGCAGUCGCAGAAAUCGCACCGCAGCUCCCCUCCGUCUCCAAUGGGCCGGUCCAGAGUCAAGCGAUUUGCAGCACGACACCUCAGCCUGCGGUACAUGACCAACCUGGUUUCGUCCAACCCAACCCCGACCCGGCGUCUCGAAGCGUAG